UAGUGAGACUGAGACAGUGAAGGUGAACUCAGGAGGGGAGAUCCUGAGGAGGGCAGAGAGAGAGAGAGAGAGAGAGAGAGAGAGAGAGAGAGAGAGAGAGAGAGAGAGAGAGAGAGAGAGAGAGAGAGAGAGAGAGAGAGAGAGAGAGAGAGAGAGAGCGCUGCUUUAUAGCUGCUAAGAUUUCAGGCAGAAAUAGCAGCCAGCCACUGUGAGCUGCAUCCGACUCAGAAACCAAAACCAAAUUUUACUCACUUUCCUUAAUCAGUCGGCCAGAAAGAAGGAAAUGGCAUCUGGUCCUGUCUUCUUCUACAUCCUGAUGAUCGGAAAGUAUUUCUCCCGCGGGCACACACAGGAGGCCAAGUGUCCCCUGGGCUUCUUCCCCUGCGGCAAUGUCACCAAGUGUCUGCCUCAGCAGCUGCACUGCAAUGGGGCGGAUGACUGCGGGAACCAGGCCGAUGAGGAGAACUGCGGAGACAACAAUGGAUGGUCUCUGCAACUUGACAAAUAUUUUGCCAGUUAUUACCAAAUGAGUUCCCCGUAUCCCUUCGACAUGGAAACAUCCGAAUGCUUGGUUGGCUCAGUGCCCAGGCAUUGUUGGUGCGGUGGUCUAGCCCUUGACUGUGACGAAGCCAGUUUACGAGCUGUCCCAUCAGUUUCUUCAAAUGUGACUCUGAUGUCACUUCAGUGGAACUUCAUAAGAAAACUGCCUCCCAAUGCCUUCAAGAAGUACCAUGAUCUUCAGAAGCUGUACCUGCAAAACAACCAGAUUCGGUCUGUGUCCACCUUUGCUUUCCGAGGACUGUACAACCUUAAUAAACUGUAUCUCAGUCAUAACAGAAUAACCUUCCUGAAGCCGGGUGUUUUCGAAGAUCUCCACAGACUCGAGUGGCUGAUAAUUGAAGAUAAUCACCUCAGUCGAAUUUCCCCACUAACGUUUUAUGGCCUAAAUUCUCUUAUUCUCUUGGUGCUGAUGAACAAUGUCCUCACCCAUCUGCCUGAUAAACCUCUCUGUCAGCACAUGCCCAGGCUACACUGGCUGGACCUUGAAGGCAACCGUAUCCAUAACUUAAGAAACCUGACUUUUAUUUCCUGCGGUAAUUUGACUGUUUUGGUACUGAGAAAAAACAAAAUCGACCACUUAAAUGAAAACACUUUUGCGCAUCUCCAGAAACUAGAUGAAUUGGAUUUAGGAAGUAAUAAGAUUGAAAAUCUUCCACCGCGUAUAUUUAAGGAUCUGAAGGAGCUGUCACAAUUGAACAUUUCCUACAAUCCAAUCCGGAAAAUUCAAGCAAAUCAGUUUGAUUGUCUUGUCAAGCUAAAGUCUCUCAGCCUAGAAGGAAUUGAAAUUGCAAAUAUCCAGCAAAGGAUGUUCAACCCUCUGGGGAAUCUCUCGCACAUAGGAACCCUGGAGGAAGGUGGCCGUCCUCAGCAAACCACAGGGCAGGACCCCAGAGGCUGCCACAUCUUGGGCAGCUGUGUUUCAGGCUCCAGCCUCCAGACCUGUGAGGAAUGCCUGUCUGUGGCUUAUGCCAUCAGCCAGGGAUUCCCUUCCAACAGCCCAAACAGGUUCAGCGCCGACUGCCUCAUGGGCGUGUACUUGUUCGUCAUCGGAGCCCUAGACCUCAGGUUCCGCGGACAGUACAACCAGCACGCCCAGCUGUGGACCGAGAGCACGCACUGCCAGCUCGUGGGCUCUGUCGCCGUCCUGUCCACAGAGGUUUCCGUCCUGCUUUUGACGUUUCUGACUUUGGAAAAAUACAUCUGCGUCGUGUAUCCUUUCAGGUGUUUGAGACCUCGCAAGUGCAGAACCGUUACAGUUCUGAUCCUCAUUUGGAUUGCUGGGUUCGUGGUGGCUUUCACGCCCCUCAGCAAUAAGGACGUUUUCAAGAACUACUAUGGCGCCAACGGCGUGUGCUUCCCUCUGCAUUCAGAGGGCGCAGAGAGCACUGGGGCCCAGAUUUACUCCGUGGCAAUUUUUCUUGGUGUGAACUUGGCGGCGUUUGUCAUCAUUGUGUUUGCCUACGGGAGCAUGUUUUACAGUGUUCAUCGGAGCCCUGGGACAGCAACUGAAAUACGGAAUCAAGUUAAAAAGGAGCUGAUCCUUGCCAAGCGGUUCUUCUUUAUUGUAUUUACCGAUGCAUUAUGCUGGAUACCUAUUUUUGUACUAAAGUUUCUUUCACUGCUUCACGUAGAAAUACCAGGUAUAGCCUUUGUUUCUUUCUGUAAAGAAAUACUUUGCUUGCACAGAAUCUUCUAAGAANNNAUCCACCAGUUUUGGUACAACUACAGACAAAGAAGGUCUAUUGACAGCAAAGGAAGUCAGAAGGCUUUCCCUCCAUCGUUCAUAUGGGUAGAGAUGUGGCCACUGCAAGAGAUGACACCAGAGUUCAUGAAGCCGGCUGCCUUCACUGAUCCCUGUGAAAUGUCACUAAUUUCUCAAACAACUCGACUCAAUUCCUAUUCAUAGUUGAUCAAAAGCCCAUGGCUUUACAGAGAACACUGUGGGUUACUCCAAGAGGGAUUUCUGGGUAUGAAAUGAAUGCCAUAAAUUAAUGGCUUAUGGCUAAGUCAAAUUAGAUUACAGGGACAUAAAGAAAAAUGGUUAAAGCUUAUAAAAAGGAAAGUAAUUAUAAUCAUAAUGUGUAUAUAUAAGUGUAAUUUACAUAGGAAAUGAAGAGAAAUUCACUACAGAGAAAUUAAUUCAUUAUUCUGUCUUUCACUUAUGCAGCACCCACUUUACACAUUUCUACAUAGUAGAUCAGCAAAAAUAGGUGGUAUAAAACCUUCUAUCUGUAAAUUGUGCUAACUAUAAGAGACAACACAGAGCUUAUCAUUGCCUGUCUUACAGGCAAGUUCCAUGUGGCACGCACAUCAGAGAAAAUAUGAUUGCAAAAUACAAAUAUUCUGUUUUAAGAAUUCUUAUUUCUUCAAGUCUCCAUACACUUGAAAGCCAAUUCAACAUAUUUAUUCUUAUGAAGAAAUGACAUUUUCUAUAAGUCCUGAACAGCACCUUUCUUGUCACUUCCUGACCAGUUCUGUCUGUGCUUUGCAUCAUGCUGCAGAAUCAGAACAGAGCUGCUGCAGAGGAGCAAAGCAAAAACAUUCGCAUGAAGGCGAGCACUGAGACCAACAGGAGAGAGCCGAGCCCCAGAAUAAAGCGCCUCGUGUUUCAGUCCAUCAGUUUUGGGCAAGAGCACCAAGAUCACGGUGCUUUUAACAAAUGAUGCUGGGGCACGAGAAUGUUCACAAACAAAAGAAAAAAAUGGACCCAACCUUCACCUCAUCUACAAAACUCAACUUAAAUCAGCAAUUUAAGAAUCAAAAUAAAAAAAUUCUUAAAAGAAAACAUAAUGGCAAACUUCAAAACAUUGGAUUUGCCAAUAAAACCAUAGAUCUGAGAACAAAAGCAUGAGCAAAAACAAAAAAAAGAAAGAAAUUAAGUAAAUUGGAUUUCUUCUAAAUUCUGUGCAUCAAAGAAAAUAAAAGAAUAGCCUACAAGAAUAUAAGAAAUAAUACAAAUCAUAUCUCUGAAAAAGGCUUAACAUCCAUUAUAUACAAAGAACUCCUACAACUGAACAAGUUUUAAAUAGACAAAAGACUUGCAUUAACAUUUAUUGAAAGAAGUUAAACACAUAGACAAUAAUCACAUAGAAAUGUGCCCCACAUAACCAGUCAUUCUUGAAAUUAAGUUAAAACCACUAUGUGAAAUCACUUCUCAAAUGGUUGGGGAAUUAUUAUUAACAAAUAAAUGCUGGAGAGGAUUUGAAGACAUUAAAGGCCUUGUACAAUGCUAGAGGGGAUGUAAAAUGGUGUAGCCACAUAGAGAAGUUUGACAGUUCUUCAAAACUUUAAAAAUAUAACUACCACAUGACCUAGUGUAUUAUGUCUGUCACUUUCUCAUCAUAAAGACAAAAAUUUGACACCCAGAAUUAACGGAGAGGUCUUUGGGGCUCACAGUUCCAGAUGGCUUGGUCCAGUUAGCUGGCUCCAGAAUCAGCAAGAGGGAAGGAAGCACUGGGAGCAGAAGCCGCUCAACCCAUGCAGCUGGAAAGGAGAGACGGGGGAGAUCCCAGGCUGAGCACACGGCCUUCUAGGUCAGGCUCCCUGACCUGGCUUACUGCCUCCUUGCAGAUCAAGCAAUGAGUUCGCUGAUGGAUUCAUCCACUAAGUAGUGUAGGGACCCUGUGAUCCAAUCAAUGUCCAAAGGCUCCACCUCUGAGCAGGAGACUUUUGGGAAACAUUCUGACCUAAACCACAAAACCUAGAGCCCCAAUCCUAGAAACCCAAAGGAACUGAGAAGGAUUUAGACAUACUUUUAUGAAAGUGUUUGUUGUAGCAUUAUUCAUAAUAAAAGAGGAGAACAACUCAAAUGCCCUGAUGAAUAAACAAAACAUGAUAUAUAAUAUAUAUAUUAUUAAAAGAAAUUAAGUUCUGAAAAAUGCUACUACAUGAAAAUGUGAUACAAGCUAAACAUACAAGAGAAAAUACUGUAGAAUUCCACAUAUGUGACAAAUCUAAACUAAACAGAUUCAUAAAGUUAGAAAGAUUACAGAUUAUUAGAUGGAACAGUGGCUGAGAAGAUAACAUUCUAUCAGAUGAUAAUUAUAGGUUUUUAAAGUUGUCAAAAAAGUAAUCUUAAAAGUGAAAAAUAGAAUGCUGUACAGACACUAGUACAUUAGUUUUGGAUGA